CGCAUCUGAUUAGUGAUUACCGCUGCUUGCAAAUCUGUCAAAUAUGAUAAAAUAGAAAAAUUCUUUAAAUUUCCAAUUUUAGUUCUGAUUAUACGUUUAUUUAAUGUUUUUAUGACAUUUGUCGAGUAUUAAUUCAACCUAAGCCAUGAGUGUAGCCACUAGAAAACACAGCGAGCCCGGAAGGUGGAUUUGCAUUUAUCCGGCGUAUAUCAAUAGUAAAAAAACCAUAGCCGAAGGACGUCGCAUAGCUAAAGAAAAAUCCGUCGAAAAUCCCACUAUUCCUGAGAUUAUGGAGGUGUUGAGCACAUCCGGACUGAAAGCUUUACCUGAAAACAAACAGUAUUCUCGUGAACGUAGUAGAGAGUUCACUGUUCGAGGAAGAGUUAGAGUACAAAUUAAAAAUGACGAUGGCACGCCAUGUAAUCCGGAAUUUCCUUCGAGAGAAAGCGUAAUGAUGUACAUCAGCAUAAAUAUUCCCAAGCUAAAAUCACGCACCACUAAUAAACCAGUUGAACAUAAUCGCGAAACAUCUAAGAAGAAGGGUAAAGGUAGAAAAUAGGAAAAAAUAGUACUGAAUUUGAUAUUCGUGUACAUUCUGUUUUUAAAUUAAUGUUUUCAUUGUAAUUUUGUUACUUAAAAAGUUCAAUUAAAAAUCUCAGUUUAAUAAUAA